AUGGGCGCAAAUGCAAGCACUCCAUCAGCCGAGGCAGCUCCGGCUGCUACGUGCCCGGUAGACCACAAGACCCGAGAGGUUUGGCUCCAGCAACACAGAGCUUCGGGUGGUACUGGAGCGCCCCAUCCGCUGCCUCCGUCUACUGAUUCUUCCGACUCGAAAGAAGGGACCUCGCCGUCCAAAUCUACACGUCCGUUGUCUGUGGACCGUGAAGUCAGCAGUAUUCCCCGCGCAUUUGACACCUCAUCUAAGGUCGGGGCGGCAACGGAGCCUUCAUCACCUUACUCAGCAUCUCAUGGUACUCCAUCGAACGCGGAAGCGGAAACAGGGCACGAUGAAACGAGCGGAAACUGGAUCUACCCCUCUGAGCGGCAGUUUUUCGAGGCGUUGAUGCGUAAGGGCAACACACCCACGUCGACAACUUCCGCGGCCGAACUGGCGACGUCGGUCGCGUCGAUCAUACCGAUCCAUAAUGCGGUCAACGAGCGUGCGUGGCAGCAAAUUCUGGAGUGGGAGAAGAACGCCCCUUCAUCGGAUCCCGGAAGCAAUAAAUGUGGAGGCCCCAAGUUAUAUUCCUUCCGGGGACUCGGCGUCGAUCCGCAAUUCAUGAGCCCCCGUGCCCGACUGAACGGGUUGAUGGGAUACCAGCUCCCUUUCGACAGACAUGACUGGAUCGUGGAGCGCUGUGGCGGAGAACGGGUUGAAUAUGUCAUCGACUUCUAUCAGGGCAAGUCAUCGCCCAGCAGCAAUGGCCCAUCUGGCCUGGCUGCCAACGCUGGUCCUGGGAAGCUUAGCUUUUACCUGGAUGUCCGACCAAAGCUCAAUUCCAUUGAAGGGUGGAGAAUGCGCUUCAAUCGCUUCAUGGGUCUGUGA